GCCACCUUUCCCACUUGCCAAAAACCUCUGCUUUCCUUUCCUUUCCUCUCCUCUCCUCGCCUUCUUCUUCCCGACCUUCCGACCUUCCCUCUUCGAUCCCAUCUCCACCACACACAGAAAUCCAGAACCCACAUCUCAAUUCUUCCUCCCCAAUCAAAGAUUCCACUGUAAAACCGCCCAAAUCAAAGACUCUGUUUUUUUCCUGGAUUCUUCCUCUCAUAUUCUGCCCUUCUUACCUCCCCCACAAAAUCUCACCUCAAUUCCCGAUCUGGGUUCCUUCCUAAGGUUGAAAUCGACACAAAGAGAUAGAGAUUUUUAUUCUCCUUUUGAAAUCCCCCCUCCCUCGAUUCCCCUUUUCCCAGAUUCUCCACACAAGAAAAGGCAGAUUCUUCAGUAGCCCCCCUCCUCUGUUUUCUGCCGACUCAGAAACUGAUAAAAAUCCCCACUUCCCACACUUCACCAUGAAGACUCCGUUCCUUCUUUGAACCCACCAAAAGAGAGCAAAAGAACACGCAUAAACACGAAUCGGUAGCCAUGGAAGCCCUUUACCCGCAUUUCUACAUGUCGAGCCACCACCUGCUAAACGACAACAGCAGCAGCAGCAGCAGCCAGAGCUCGGAGUGGACCAGAGAAGAGAACAAGGCCUUCGAGAGCGCUCUGGCUCUCUACGGCGAGCACGAUCCGCACCGCUGGCUCAAAGUCGCCGCCAUGAUCCCGGGGAAAUCGGUCUCCGAUGUGAUCAAACAGUACAGGGAGCUGGAAGAAGACGUGUGCGAGAUCGAAGCUGGGCGCGUCCCGAUCCCCGGUUACCUGGCCGCGGACGACGACCCGGCUUUCAGCCUGGACCUCAUCGCCGGGCCCGACUUCGUCGAUUCGUUCAGAAAGCGGCCCAUGGGCUCCACUAAGACCUCCGAUCAGGGCCGCAAGAAGGGCGUCCCAUGGACUGAAGACGAGCACAGGCGAUUCUUGAAAGGGCUGCUGAAGUAUGGGAAAGGGGAUUGGAGGAACAUAUCACGCAACUUCGUGGUGUCGAAGACGCCAACUCAAGUGGCGAGUCAUGCCCAAAAGUACUUCAUCAGGCAACAGCUCUCCGGCGUGAAGGACAAGAGGAGGCCGAGCAUCCACGACAUCACCACCGUCAAUCUCUCCUCCGCCGUCGCCGACCACAACAACAACAACAACAACCAUGGUACUUUAUUCUCGGACGGCAACAAGAGAUCGUCGUCGACGCCGCACAUCGAUCACCUGCUUUCCCCGCCGCCGCACAAACUGGCGUGGAUGGACUGGAACCACCACCAUCCCAACGCCGACUUGUUCAUGAUGGGUUCGUCCCCCUAUGACCAAAACCUGUAUGCAGCCGCCGCCGCUCGCCACACGGCGGCGUUCCAGUUUUCGGCGGCUCGAAGAAUCCGCAGCUAAGAAGGACUCCGGAGUGCUCCGUAGAUUGUCCGCCUCUGUUUUUUUUUUUUUUUACUAAUUAGAAUUUAUAUGCGGAAACAAGCUGUCAAAUAUGUUAUAAAUGUUCUAGUUCUAUAUGCAUGAUAUGAUCGAUCUUCUAUGUAUCCGCUCUGAGUAGCUCGGAUGCCAUACCUUCUUCUUGUCCGCAUGAAAUUGGUGCCCAAAAUUUGGUUUAUUAAGAUCGAAACGUCAUUUAUUACCCGAG